CCGUUUAAGACAACAAGAAGCAGCUCUCAUCACCAGAAGUGAAAAAAAAAAGCUAGAAAAUUUUGCGUUUGGGAAGGGAGAAAGUGCGAGAAAAUGAGCGGACCAGGAAAGAAAGUAGCGGAUUUGGCGUUCAAAGCAUCGAAGAACAUUGAUUGGGAAGGGAUGGCUAAGCUUUUGGUCUCCGAUGAGGCUCGCAAAGAAUUCGCCACUCUUCGUCGCACUUUCGAUGAAGUUAACUCCACUUUGCAAACCAAAUUCAGCCAGGAACCUGAACCUAUUGACUGGGAAUACUAUAGAAAAGGAAUUGGCUCUCGGGUGGUGGAUAUGUACAAAGAGGCUUAUGACAGCGUGGAGAUCCCUAAGUUUGUUGACACAGUCACUCCACAAUACAAGCCAAAAUUUGAUGCAUUGUUGGUUGAAUUGAAAGAAGCAGAGGAGAAAUCCCUGAAAGAGUCUGAACGCUUGGAGAAAGAAAUUGCUGAGGUUCAGGAACUGAAGAGAAAGAUCAGCACCAUGACAGCCGAUGAGUACUUCGAGAAGCAUCCUGAGCUGAAGAAGAAAUUUGAAGAUGAGAUUCGGAAUGACAACUGGGGCUAUUGACCUCUUUUUGCUGAUUUAAGUGCUGCCAAGCCUUCACAUUCAUAACCAGAAUUUUGUGAGUGAUCUUGUUUUUUCUGUUGUUCUUUUGUGUAAUUUGGUUGCUUUGUGUUGGAAAGAUUGGGCUCCAAUAAUAAUUCGGUUUUCUGUGGAGAAAGACAGAUUUUAUUCAUUCACUUGAGAAUCAAAUUGGAUAGUGUAAGACAUGCUUCAUUUAAGUGGCAAAAAUAUCCAUGUUUUAAGGGAAAAAUUUUUUCA